AUGGCAGUGCUGACAAAAUCUGCGCUGCUGCGUAAAAAGAUCCUCAGCAUUGUUCCCGCAGGUGGAAGAGCUCUUGGUGCGUCAGUCCUUGGCUCCACCUACGAAUGGCGCAUGCACUCCCUCCCGGAUGUCUUCUCCGACUGCAACUGGCCAAAGGCAUCUCACAACAAUUACGGAAUUCAUCACUUGCCAGGAGGAGGGAGCCACCAUGAUCGACUUCUCAGAAGCCCAGCCGACAAGCGGACGCAUCAUCCCAUCCUUCCGAGUUCGGAAUAUUAUUCCUUCCCAAGGGCGAAGCGCUUCCCCGGAACGCAUGCCAACGGCGAGUUGAACCCGGAAGAGGUGCAGAAGCGGGCCGUUCCCGGGCCAGGCACAUACAUGAAGUCGAUCCCUGGUGGCUCAGCCUUCUCGGUGGAUGGUGGUGAGAGCGUGAUCCUGGGCGCAAACCACACCUAUCCAUGGAAGAAGUCACUGGGCAGACAGAUAAAUCCCAUUGAGUCCGACGCCACAAGCCUCCUGUCUGCACCGUGUUUCACAUUCCCAAAGACUCGACGAACUGUUUCCGACACCACUGCCGGACACGGUCUGCAGGAUGGCGGCCCUGUGAAGACGGACACCGGCUGCCUGUCACCAGGAUUCGUGUACGAACUCCACUCUACGAUGCGUCCGCUAUAUGGCCAACGCACGCUAGAUGGCACUCAGUCCUGCGUCAGGAGGAAGAUCCGCCAGCGGCUGAAGGAUGGCCACGUUAAGAAACGCGUGCGCUGCAUUCCGAUGCCUUUGGAGGCACCAGUGGAUCCGGAGUGA